GUGUGUGAGUUUGAGUCGGAGUGUGAAAGUGUGCUUAUGCGUGCCGGAGGCUAAGCUCAUCUUUACUUGGUUCCAUUGUCUUUGACACAGACCAUCAGCCAUGAACCUGUUCUGCUUCACGCUGGAGGGCUCCACAGAAAGCAUGUAUGAACCAGCAAACAAUCAAAAACUCAAGGAAGUGCUGCCCAAGUACCAUUUCAGUCCUGUUCUUCUGAGGCGCAAUGCUGGCUGGGGUGGCUCAGAUCCAUCAAUCACUUCUAUCCAACCUCAGGGUAAAAUAAAGUUAAAAAGAGACAGCAAAAGGUCAGGUAUGCCAACACCACUCUUGGAAAAAGAAAUAUUAGAAAAAGACAUUCAUCAUACCUGCUGGAUGUCAUGUGGUGACAAGAAGGACUUAUUUCAUCAAACAAAAGCCCAGAAAGAAGAGAUGUGUGAAGCUACCUGCCUCAGCAGCAAGCUGACAACAGAAGACAGCGUGAGGAACAGGACACGGUUAGAUCUGCCAGCUCAGGGCACUAAAACUACAGCUGAUACAUCAGAAUCAAUAAAAACCACAAGAAGACUAAGGAAGUUACAAAAUUUAGUGCAAACAAAGAGUGGAGCUGGAAAGGGAAAGAGCACAUCUAAGAGUAAUGAUUCAGAUGUUGGGAACAACAACAAUCCAGUGCUAACCUGCAUGGGCCGCAGGAGGAGGACAGAGAGGAGGCUCUCUAAGACUGCUUCACUGCCACAGCAGCUGAUGCAGCAACAGGCCAGGGACCUCCAUAAAGAUCCAGAGGAGGAUGGCACGUGGAGCCCGAGGGUUGGAAAUUAUCUGUGGAGUCCUUUCGACUAUCCACAGAUCCACACGUCCUUCUAUCAAAAAUGCCACGAACCUCGGCAUGAACUGUGUGGGCUGCGUCACACCACAGAAUGGGACCGUUUUGAGACCCUCAUGCAGGAAAUGGACAGAAAACAAUCGAGUCUGUCUCCUCCUCAAAUGAUCCACUCCAUCACAGAUCUGCAUCUCUACCAAAACACAUUGACCAGAUUUGAGCGAUUUGAAGCCUUAAGACAGCACCCGCCUUUAAUGAAACCACAGGAUAAUGAAAGUUGUCCGCAAACGUGGGAGCAGAAUGGUGAGCUGACCAAAUCGAGACCACAGAGGACAGAGAUGGAGAGUCUAUCACAGAGCGACAGGAGGCACGUCGAGGCCUCCCCAGAGGAAACGCGAACAAUCGUCUCUAACAGACAUGUGCAGAAAGGUGAAGCAGAGAAGAGGGAGGCUGACCGCGGGAGGCCAAUUACUAAAGCACGUAGUAGGUCCACUAACUCUCUGGAAAGCCUCUACAGCCUCAACAGCGGACAAAGCUCCUCAAGUGGAGUUACCAGUGGGUCAGACUGUUCCAGUAACAGAAACAGUCUGAGGCUAGAGGAUGAUCUGUUGUGCACAAGACAGUUUUGUGGCAGAGCAAGAGUCCAUACAGAGUAUGUGCCAAGUCCAUAUGACACCGAGUCCCUCAAACUCACGGUGGGAGAUGUAAUCGACAUCAUAGCCAAGCCCCCCAUGGGAAUAUGGACAGGCAUGCUGAAUGGCAGAGUAGGAAAUUUCAAGUUCAUCUAUGUGGAUGUACUGAGGAAAGAGACUUCUGGGACACACCUGGAAACACACCUCCACCGAGUGAGACACAAAUCGACUGUGCAGGAAGUGUUGAAGCGUCUCAGUUUAGAGGAGUAUUCCACAUGUUUGCAGCUGGGUGGUUACCAAACAGUAGAUGAUUUGAUGAGGCUGAGGGAGAAUCAUCUGAUGGAGCUUAAUGUGACUGAUCCAGAGCACAGGCAACGUCUGCUCGCCGCUGUCAACUCCCUGCAGCAACUGCGCUCUGGCUGUCAGCUGGAGAAUGAGGCCGAUCGAGAGGCCGGGAGCUCCAGUGAGAACAGGGACUCUGGCUGCCCCAUGCCAUCUGACAGCCCCGACAGCAUCACAGAGGAAGCACACCUUCAUUUUCUCUCUGACGCGACAGCUUCAUAAGAAAUAUCUAUUCACUAAAAUGCUUGUAUUAUUUUGUUCCUGUUGCCGCUGUUUCUCCUGUAACUGUGAAACAUGGAAAGAUGUACAAUA